AUACAUGUUCUGUUCUAUUACAUUGUAAUACAUUUCCCCAUCUUUCAUCUUUACAUCUUUUCUCUCUCUAAAAAUACCAUCAUGGCCCCCAUGAGUCUCCCUCCUGGAUUUCGUUUUCAUCCAACUGAUGAGGAGCUUGUUGCUUACUACCUCGAUCGGAAAAUCUCCGGUCGUACCAUUGAGCUUGAAAUCAUCCCGGAGGUUGAUCUGUACAAGUGCGAGCCUUGGGAUUUACCAGAUAAGUCUUUUUUACCGAGCAAGGACAUGGAGUGGUACUUCUACAGUCCAAGGGACAAGAAGUACCCUAACGGGUCAAGGACUAACCGGGCCACGCAGGCUGGUUACUGGAAAGCUACCGGGAAAGACCGGCCGGUGCACUCUCAGAAGAGGGCAGUUGGGAUGAAGAAGACGUUGGUUUAUUACAAGGGUAGGGCUCCUCAUGGCAGGAGAACUAACUGGGUCAUGCAUGAGUAUCGCCUUAUCGACUCUGUUUGCGGCACACCAUCAUCAAGUUUAAAGGAUUCUUAUGCAUUAUGUCGUGUCUUCAAGAAACCAAUACAAGUCCCGAAAGGGAAAGAAGAAAAAGUACCGGGGAAUUCAAAUGGUGUUAAGGAUCAUCACAAGGAAGUAGGGCUAGGGGAUGAUACGAGUGGUAUUGAGAUUUCUAGAGGGUUGGAAGCAGAAGAUGACAUUAAUUUCAACAUGAAUGACUACUCAAAAUUCCCCUCGGAUACUUCCUCUUCAGAUGUCACUCAAGGAACACCUAAUGAAACCAACUUAGCAGAUGAUAUCCAACUUAAUCCAUUCACAUCUGAUGAAGCAAAUAGCUCAACUAACAUGUAUUCCCUUGGAGUGGACAUGGAUUUCUCUUCAAAUCUAAUUCAGGAUAUACAUAUGGGAAGCUAUACUCAGUAUCAAUGUCCAUAUCCACCAUUAGAACUAGAGGACUUCCCACAGAUAAAUAUAUCAGAGACAAAGGUGUCAAAACCAGAAACUAUAGAUGAUUACAUGAUCUAUGACAAGUAUAGAUCGGACUGCGUCAAUGGCACGUUAGAAGAGAUCUUCUCUUUAUGUUCUUCCUCUCAAGAUAACUGCAUGCCAUCACCACAUACACUAUACUAACUAAUACAGAAAUUGACUUCACCAUGGUAUACUUUUUUCAAUCUUAUUUUGAUAUUACAUUCUUUUUUUCUUUGGGGGUGGGAAGAGGAGGGUGAGGGUGUAAAGGCAAAAUGGGAAUUAUUUUGCCAAUGAUAAAAUUAUAAAAGGGUAUUUGGAUU